AGCUCUGCUUUUAUUAGCUGUACUAAUGCGCCUAACAAGAGUGGGACUGGAGUGUUUUGGUUAUCGUAUUUGUAAAUGACCAUAUUUUACCAUUAUAAAGACAAAGGUAUUGUUUACGGUGAUGCUGCGCGACAGUAUGAGGCCAAGCGGAGCACUAGCGACAGUGAUGCUGUUGCUGAUCCAGCUCAUCUGUUUCAAACACAUUCAUGCCGAGGAAUCAGGGACGGUCAUCCCCGCUGAGAGCCGGCCAUGCGUUGAUUGUCAUGCCUUCGAGUUCAUGCAGAGAGCAUUGCAAGACCUGAAGAAAACAGCUUUCAACUUAGACUCACGGACGGAGAAUUUGGUGCUGAGGGCUGAGAAGAGGGCACUGUGCGACUGCAUGCCGGCCAGCAGUCUGCGCUAAAAAAAGUCAGACGUAAACACUGCACUCAGAUAUAGAAACCAUUAUAUACCUAAAGGAUACUACCUGCUCUCAUCAUAAUACACACUCAAACAUAGUUCCUGUCAUGUGUCACAUGAAACAUGUUUUAUCUUUUUAUCUUUCAUCGUAGUAUGUGCAUAGAGUAUCAUAAAUACACAUUCCUGACAAAAGUCAACACAACAUUCCACAGUUUAAAUGUCAAUUAUGAGAGGCACGUAUUAGAGCAGCAGCCAAUACAUUUAAUUUUACAUAAGUGUGUAUAAAGAUAGGGGUAAGUGUUUCCUCUCCAGGCACAAUGCACUGCAAAAUAUUCUGAAAACAUAAAACACACUACUUAUAAUAAUUAUUUACACAGUAGACUAUAUGUUGUUGUUUUUUCCAAAUGUUGAAUUGCAUUUUAUAUUUGUGUUCUAGAAAUAUCUGAUCACAAUAGUCAUUUUAGAUGAAUUACAUUUCAGAAUUGAAAUGUACAUCUGCAGGAGUUGUCUUAAAGAGUGUUCAGUAAGAUUAUUAGAUUAUAGAUACAGUAUAUGAUUAGAAAUGAAGCUGCAUGUGAAGUGAUAGUCUAGAAUUUUAUAUGAGGAUUUAUGAAGAUGGAACUUGAAGUAAGGUUCCUAUAGAGAUUACUUUGCUACUAAGAUGCAAGUUCACAGCUGUAACAAUGUCUUUUUGUGUGUAGAAAUUGUGCAUUAAAACACGACACCAUA